UCUACCCUCCCCCACCAAUCUCCCGAGGACACGUCCGCCAUUUGAAACGGACAUCCCAUUCCCGCGUUUCUGAAGAAAACUCCCAACACACCCGUCUCCCUCUGCACCCUCCAAAUCAAAUUAAAAAUAUUAGCGGAAACAGAAUACAGCAACGGUCAGUCCAAUUGAUCAGCGAGCACCUCACGGAUCGGAUCUUCUUUCAUGGCAACACUCUCCCCUCCGAUCGCUGCGCCUCGAAGACUCGGUCUAAUUACCUCAUAUAAUCUCUCCGAUCGCUUUCCAUAUUUUGGACACUCGAUUUUAUUAAGGGACCUUUGCUCCUUUUCUUCUACUUUCCAUCUAAUGUUAUUACGUUCAGAGGCUCUUACUCUUGCGCUUCUUCGUCUUCUUUUUGGAAUCCGAUAAGUUGAUCGGAUUUUCUACGGUUCCGUAGAACUACAGUUUUGCCACUGAGGAUAAAAAUGGCUGCUUCUUCCGUCAAGUUUCUCUUUGGAUUCCUGAUGAUUUCCAUCACAUUGUGGAUGGUUUUCAUAUUUGCUUCGAGGUUGCUGGUUUGGAUUCUAUGUCGGAUUGUCGGAGCAUCUGUUGGAUUCCGCAUUGAUGGAUGGAGAUGUUUGAGGGAUGUUGUGGUGAAGCUCAAUAAGGGUGCUGUUGAAUCCAUAUUAGUGGGAGAAAUUAAGCUCAGUUUAGGUCAAUCCUUGGUUAAACUUGGGGCUGGCAUUAUUUCUAAGCAUCCAAAGCUACAGCUGUUAAUAUGUGACUUAGAAAUUGUAUUGAGGCCUUCAAGUAAAAGCUCACAGAAAGCUAAAUCCCGGAAACCUCGCACUUCAGGCAGGGGAAAGUGGAUGACUGUAGCUAACAUUGCAAGAUUUUUGUCAGUUUCUAUUACGGAUUUCGUUUUGAAGACACCUAAAGCAACUAUUGAAGUUAAGGAACUCAAAGUAGAUAUAUCUAAAGAUGGUGGCUCCAAACCCAAUCUGUUUUUUAAACUACACAUAUUACCCAUUUCUGUCCACACUAUUCAGCUGCUCUCUGGCAUUAUGGAAAAGCCUUCUGCUCCUUUUUGCUGUGAAGAGUUUUCUCUCUCUUGUGAAUUUGGCCAUGAUAGGGAAGCUGGUGUAGUUGUCCAAAAUGUGGACAUUAACUGUGGAGAGAUUAUUGUGAACCUCAAUAAGGAGCUGUUCUCAAAGAAUAAAAAACCUCCAGAUGUUUUUUCUCAAACUGAUAAAGUUAAAGGGUCAACUGCUGAUAUUGUAACCAGUAAAAAGCCUCAGAAAAAACAAGCUACAAUUUUAGCAUUGACAAAAUAUGCUUCUAUGUUUCCAGAAAAGAUUUGUUUCAACUUACGAAAACUAGAUGUGAAGUUUGUGCAUUGGGAACUUGAUAUUGUUGUUGAAAAUAACAUCCUGGGCAUUCAAUUGAAAAGCAUCAAAUCAAGACCAACUGAAGAUGUGGGGGAGAGUACACGCCUUGAUGUUCAGUUGGAUUUCAGUGAGAUACAUCUUAUUAGAGAAGCUGGUUCUUCUGUAUUGGAGAUAACGAAAGUCGAUGUUGUCUCUUUUGUCUACAUCCCAAUUCAGGUGACUCCUGUGAAAUCAUGGCAGCUAAUCUCACCUGUUAGAGCUGAGGUUGAUGUUAAGCUUAGAGGGACUCGGUGCAACAUUAUAAUGAGUAGAUUAAAGCCAUGGUUGAGAUUGCAAUCCUCCAAAAAGAAGGGAAUGGUUCUUCAAGAGGAAACUUCUACUCUUGAGAAGCCACAAUCAACUGAAUCCAAAGCCUUCACGUGGACGUGUACUGUCUCAGCCCCUGAGAUGAUAAUUGCGCUUUAUAGUAUCAGUGAUGUGCCGCUGCAUCAUUGCUGCUUACAGUCAUCGCAUGUGUUUGCUAACAACACUUCAAGUACAGGAACCACAAUACACAUGGAACUUGGUGAGCUGAAUUUGCAUAUGGCAGAUGAAUAUCAAGAAUGCUUGAAAGAAAGCCUUUCCAGUGUGGAAUCAAAUUCAGGUUCCUUACUGCAUAUAGCAAAGGUUAGUCUGGAUUGGGGUAAAAAGGACACGGAAUCAUCUGAAGAUGAUGGCCUUAGAUGUAAAUUAGUUCUUUCUGCUGAUGUAACUGGAUUGGGCAUUUAUUUCACGUUUAAGCGUGUUGAAUCACUUAUAGUAACAGCUAUGUCCUUUCAAGCACUCUUCAAAAGUCAAUCUGCUGGUAAGAAAGCAACACAGAGCCGGGCUGGGCGUUCGUCAAAACCUUCAGGGAAGGGCACUCAACUUUUAAAAAUUAAUCUUGAGCACUGUUCAGUUGGUUUUUGUGGUGAAACUUGCUUGGAAAACACAGUUGUGGCUGAUCCCAAGCGUGUAAAUUAUGGGUCUCAGGGUGGUCGAGUUGUUAUUAGUGUUUCAGCUGAUGGUACACCACGUAAUGCAACUAUAAUGUCCACAGUUUCUGAUCAGUGCAAGAAAUUAAAAUACUCUCUUUUGCUUGACAUCUUCCAGUUUAGUUUGUGUGUGAACAAGGAGAAACAAUCCACACAGGUGGAGUUUGAAAGAGCCAGAUCUAUCUAUCAGGAACAUCUUGCAGAAGAUAAACCAGACACAAAAGUUGCAUUAUUUGACAUGCAGAAUGCAAAAUUUGUACGACGCUCCAGUGGCCUUAAGGAGAUAACUGUUUGCUCUCUGUUCAGUGCUACUGAUAUCUCCAUCCUAUGGGAGCCUGAUGCACAUCUGUCUUUGUUUGAACUUGUUUUGCAACUGAAAGCACUGGUUCAUAAUCAGAAGGUUAAGGGACUUGGUAAUGAACACAUGGAUAAUGUCUCAGGUGUAAGAGAUGUUGAGCAGAAGAAAGAAGUCACUGUGAUGGAAUCGGGCCAUCUUGAUAAAACAAAGAAAAAAGAAUCUAUAUUUGCUGUUGAUGUGGAGAUGCUUUGUAUAUCUGCUGAAGUUGGAGAUGGAGUUGAUGCACUUGUGCAGGUUCAGUCAAUUUUCUCUGAGAACGCCCGCAUAGGAGUACUUUUUGAAGGACUGAUGCUUAGUUUCAAUGGAGCCCAGAUAUUCAAAAGCAGCCGAAUGCAAAUUUCCCGUAUUCCCAAUGCUUCCAGCUCAUCUGAUGCAAAAGUGCUGGUGGCCACUGUGUGGGAUUGGGUGGUUCAAGCACUUGAUGUUCAUAUUUGCAUGCCUUUCAGGCUGGAGUUGCGUGCCAUUGAUGAUGCUGUUGAGGAGAUGUUGCGAGCUUUGAAGCUUAUAACUUCUGCUAAAACUCAGCUAAUUUUUCCCAUGAAGAAAGAAAGCUCCAAACCUAAAAAGUCUAGUUCAACAAAAGUUGGAUGUGUGAGGUUCUGCAUACGUAAGCUGACUGCUGAUAUUGAGGAAGAAGCAAUGCAGGGUUGGCUUGAUGAGCACUAUCAUCUAAUGAAGAAUGAGGCCCUUGAGUUAGCUGUUAGGUUGAAAUUUCUUGACGAUUAUAUUUUGGCCAAUCAGUCUUCUAAAACUGCUGAAACUAAUGAUUCUGCUUGUGAAAGAAGGAUUCACUAUAAUGGAGCUGAGAUUGAUGUGCAAGAUCCUUCAGCAAUAAAAAAAAUGCAAGAAGAGUUAUAUAGACAGUCUUUUCGAUCCUAUUACUUGGCAUGUCAGAAGCUAAAACCAUCGGAAGGCUCAGGUGCCUGGAGGGAAGGUUUUCAGGCUGGUUUUAGGCCAAGCACUGCAAGAACUUCUGUUCUUUCUGUUUCAGCUACAGAGUUAGAUGUGACCUUGACAAGGAUUGAUGGUGGAGAUGAUGGGAUGAUAGAGGUUCUAAAGCAGCUUGAUCCAGUAUGUCAUGAAAGUAAUAUACCAUUUUCCCGACUGUAUGGGAGUAAUAUUCUCUUAAACACUGGCAGUCUAGCUGUUCAGUUAAGAAAUUACACAUUUCCUCUUUUUUCUGCAAUUUCUGGUAGAUGUGAAGGCCGUGUUGUGCUAGCACAGCAGGCAACAUGUUUUCAGCCCCAAAUUUUUGAUGAUGUCUUCAUUGGGAGGUGGAGAAAGGUCCGCAUGCUUCGUUCAGCCAGUGGUACAACUCCGCCGAUGAAAACAUACUCAGAUUUGCCUAUACAUUUUAAAAAAUCGGAAGUGUCCUUUGGGGUGGGAUAUGAACCGGUUUUUGCUGACAUAAGCUAUGCUUUCACCGUGGCACUUCGUAGGGCUAAUUUAAGCAAUAGGCAUCCAGGUCUUCCACAGCCGCCAAAAAAGGAGAAGAGCUUACCAUGGUGGGAUGACAUGAGAAAUUACAUCCAUGGAAAUAUCUCCUUAUUCUUUUCUGAAACUAAAUGGAGCAUUCUUGCAACUAGUGAUCCCUAUGAAAAGCUUGACAAACUUGAAAUUGUUUCUGGUUCGAUGGAGAUACAGCAAUCAGAUGGCCGUGUUUAUCUUUCUGCAAAGGAUUUCAAAAUUGUCUUGAGUAGUUUGGAGAGUUUGGUAAAUAGUCGCAAUUUAAAACUUCCUACCAGUGUCUCUGGUGCUUUCCUUGAAGCUCCAGUCUUUAGCGUUGAGGUUACAAUGGAUUGGGACUGCGACUCUGGUAAUCCCAUGAAUCAUUAUUUGUUUGCACUUCCUAUGGAAGGGGUGCCUCGGGAGAAAGUAUUUGAUCCUUUCAGAUCUACUGCUCUUUCCCUCCGUUGGAACUUUUCUCUUAAACCCCCACUUCCCCCGUUGGAUAAACAAUCCCCAUCUGCCUCAGCAUCAGAUUGCACUGUUCUUGAUGGAACUCUAAAUGGGGCACAUUGUAAUGCUGAGAAUGUUUCAAUUGCUUCACCAACAGUGAAUUUCAGUGCACAUGAUCUAGCUUGGAUGGUUAAGUUCUGCAAUUUGAACUAUCUUCCUCCUCACAAAUUGCGUUUCUUCUCUCGUUGGCCUCGUUUUGGAGUUCCAAGAAUUCCUAGAUCAGGAAACUUGUCAUUAGAUAGGGUGAUGACAGAAUUUAUGCUUCGUUUCGAUGCUAUGCCUAUUUGCCUUAAGCAUAUGACAUUAGAUGAUGAUGAUCCAGCUAAAGGACUGACAUUUAGUAUGACAAAGCUCAAAUGUGAAAUCUGUUCCAGCAGGGGUAAGCAAAAAUAUACUUUUGAAUGCUUUCGUGAUCCUCUUGAUCUUGUGUACCAGGGGCUUGACCUUCAUAUGCCUAAGAUUUUUUUAAACAAAGAAGAUUGCACUAGUGUCACAAAAGUAGUUGAAAUGACAACGAAAACUUCUCAGUCUGCUUCCAUGGAGCAAGUUCCUAGUGAAAAAAGUAAUUAUAUGAGUGGUUGCACCGAGAAGCAUCGUGAUGAAGGAUUUUUUUUGUCAUCUGACUAUUUUACAAUCAGGAGGCAGGCCCCAAAAGCUGAUCCUGCAAGUUUAUUGGCAUGGCAAGAGGCUGGGAAAAAAAAUCUUGAAAUGACAUAUGUCAGACCUAAACUUGAGAAUGGGAGUGAAAGUGAUGAGCACACACGCUCAGAUCCUAGUGAUGAUGAUGGAUACAAUGUGGUUAUAGCUGACAAUUGUCAGCGUAUUUUUGUUUACAGCCUUAAACUGUUGUGGACCAUAGAGAAUCGAUAUGCUGUGUGGUCGUUUGUUGGUGCAAUGUCCAAAGCAUUUGAACCUCAAAAGCCUUCUCCUUCUCGGCAGUAUGCACGGAGGAAGUUACUUGAGGAGAACCAGAAAAUUGGUGAACCUGAAAUGCCUCAAGAGGAUGCUCCGAAGUCCCCUUCUACCAACCAUGGUGUGCCUUCUCCUUCUGAACAUGUGGAAACAUCAGGAUCCAAUUCAUCUCUAUCACAUGCAGUUGGGAUGGAAAAUUCAUCUACUGCUGCAGUUGCACUAGCAAACUAUGAAAAGGUCAAUGAUUCCGAAGAGGAAGGGACUUGUCAUUUUAUGGUGAAUGUCAUUGAGCCUCAAUUCAAUCUUCACUCUGAAGAAGCCAAUGGGAGAUUUCUUCUCGCUGCUGUUAGUGGUCGUGUUUUAGCCCGAUCAUUUCAUUCAGUUCUUCAUGUUGGCUGUGAGAUGAUUGAGCAAGCAAAUGGUACUGGAAAUGUUCAUAUUCCUGAAGGUGGGCAUGACAUGACAUUGAAACGCAUGGAGUUUUCUGUGAUGCUGGAGCAUGUGCAGGCUCAUGUUGCACCAACUGAUGUGGAUCCUGGGGCUGGAAUACAGUGGCUUCCAAAAAUUCGUAGUUCUCCAGAGGUCAAGCGUACUGGUGCUCUACUUGAAAGAGUGUUUAUGCCUUGUGAUAUGUACUUCCGAUACACAAGGCAUAAAGGUGGAACCUCUGACUUGAAGGUGAAGCCGUUAAAGGAUCUGACCUUUAACUCUCACAACAUAACAGCUACCAUGACAUCUCGUCAGUUUCAAGUUAUGCUGGAUGUAUUAACCAAUCUUCUCUUUGCUCGGACUCCCAAGCCUCGAAAAAGUAGUCUCUCUUGUCCUGGAGAAGAUGAUGAAGAUGUUGGGGAGGAGGCAGAUGAGGUGGUUCCUGAUGGUGUUGAAGAGGUAGAACUUGCCAAAAUCACCCUUGAACAGAAAGAACGGGAGCAGAAGUUGCUACUCAAUGACAUUAAGAAGUUAUCUCUUCAUUGUGAUACUUCAGGAGACCAUCUGGAAGAGGAAGGUGAUUGGUGGAUGGUAAAUGGUGGGAGAUCUAUUUUGGUGCAAGGACUGAAGAGAGAACUUAUUAAUGCAAAAAAAUAUAGGAAGGCGGCCUCUCUAUCCUUACGGGUUGCUUUGCAGAAAGCAGCUCAGCAACGGCUGAUGGAGAAAGAAAAGAACAAAAGUUCAUCCUCUGCCAUGCGAAUUUCUUUGCAAAUUAACAAAGUUGCUUGGAGCAUGCUUUUGGAUGGUAAAUCAUUUGCUGAGGCAGAGAUAAAUGAUUUGAUUUAUGAUUUUGACCGCGAUUACAAAGAUGUUGGUGUUGCUCAGUUUACAAUUAAGUGUUUUGAAGUGAGAAACUGCCUACCUAAUGCCAAGUCUGAUACGCUUUUAUCAGCAUGGAAUCCUCCUCCAGAAUGGGGAAAAAAAGUCAUGCUCCACGUAGAUGCAAAGCAGGGAGCUCCAAAGGAUGGGAACUCUACUCUGGAGCUUUUUCAGGUAGAGAUAUAUCCCCUUAAGAUUCAUUUGACUGAGACAAUGUAUAGAAUGAUGUGGGCGUAUCUCUUCCCAGAAGAAGAACAAGAUUCACAAAGACGACAGGUUAGUUCUGGGCUUCAGAUAUUUGAAUCUGCUAGCAAAUUUGUAGUGCAAUUGGUGAGUGUUCAUAUGCUUGGAACUUUGGAGAUGCAGGAAGUUUGGAAGGUCUCCACAACAGCCGGUGCAAGACGUGUAAAGAAGGGUUCCUCAAACCAUGAUGCAUCUGCAUCAGGGAGCCACUCAACAAAGGAGUCUGAGGUAUCAUCCAAACCAAGUGUGUCUUGUACGUCCAUUACCAUUCAGCCUGUUCCUGCUGAUUCUCCCCAAGCAUCAAAGUUGCAAGACCUAAAAUCAAAUGUUGUUUCUGGUUCUGGCCCUGAGUUGAGGAGAACAUCUUCUUUUGACAGAACAUGGGAAGAGACUGUCGCUGAAUCUGUGGCUAAUGAACUUGUUCUACAUGCUCACUCCUCCGGCAUUUCUUCCACGAAAAGUGGGUCACUUGUUCCCGUUGAGCAACAAGAUGAAUCCUCUAAAAAUAAAAUGAAAGACACAAAAUUUGUUAAGUAUGGUCGAUCGUCUCAGGAAGAGAAGGUUGGAAAAUCCAAUGAAGAGAAAAAAUCUAGGCCUCGGAAAAUGACAGAAUUUCACAAUAUCAAGAUAAGUCAGGUUGAGCUACAAGUUACAUACGAAGGGUCCAGAUUUGUUGUAAAUGAUCUCAAGUUGCUGAUGGAUACAUUUCACCGUGUUGAGUUCACUGGGACUUGGAGGAGACUGUUCUCUCGUGUUAAGAAGCAUAUUAUAUGGGGUGUCCUAAAGUCUGUAACUGGAAUGCAGGUUAAGAAAUUCAAAGACAAGGCACAUAGUCAACAGCCAAGUGGAACUGCUGUUGCUGAUAGUUACCUCAAUCUCUGCGACGUUGAUCAGGUUGAGAAACCUGAUCAAAUAACCUUACUUAAGCGUCCAGGUGAUGGAGCUGGUGAUGGAUUUGUUACUUCCAUUAGAGGCCUCUUCAACACUCAAAGGCGCAAAGCCAAACAAUUUGUGCUCCGAACCAUGAGAGGUGAAGCAGAUGAUUUCCAUGGAGAGUGGAGUGAAGGUGAAGCUGAGUUCUCUCCAUUCGCCAGGCAGCUGACCAUAACCCAAGCUAAGAAACUUAUUAGGCGGCACACAAAGAAGUUCCAAUCAAGGGGACAGAAAGGUUCAUCUUCUCAGCAGAGAGACUCACUUCCAUCGUCUCCGAUGGAUCCUAUGGAGCCUACUCCAUUUGAAACCGACUCUUCCAGUGAAUCCUCACCCUAUGAGGAUUUUCAUGAAUAAAUCCAUAUCUCAUCAACAGAAGGGUAUUGUUUGAAGGACUUGAGUGGAGCAAACAGUAUGCAAUCUGCAAAUAUGGCCAAUUGAAAAGUUGCUACGUGACUGUAACUGCAUUUUGACUGAACUGCAACCUUGCAUGUAGACAGACUCGAAUGUUGCUGAUCUUCAAAUAAAAGCUGAUUGCAGCUCUCAAGCAUGAAAAAUAUGAAGGUAUGCCUGCUUGGUUAUUGACUAUGGAUGUAUUGGUUGAUGAUGCCUUCUAUGAUGAUUGAUCUUUUGAAUGCCUGGGCUCUGUGACUCCGCUCAAGAGAAGUGCUUCAAGCAGUUCAAAUCUGUCAAUUUUGUGGGUUGGGUUAAAAUAUAUAGAUUAUACCAGCCACCAAGCACUAUGAUUUUGUAAGAAAUAAAUGUGAAAUUUCCUUUCUCUCUGGGAUACGCUUUUAACAUUAAAUAAUCCUAGGCGUUGGAUCGGAUCUUGUGUCUGACUAAAGUUGGUCUUGCCAUUUACCUUUUUGUGGUGUAAAGAUGCUAUUUGAAUCACCUUAUUUAUUCCAAUUAAUCGCCCUUCUUGCAUAGCAACAAUUCAUGUCCAACUUACAUUUCCCACUUUCUAUAUUUCUAAAUCAUAAACAUGCA